AUGGAGGGAAUUCAUGAAGUGAAGGAGGGAGACGAUGUUGUGGAAGGUCCAACCACUGGAUCUGAGCCGGUUCUUAACAUGGAACCCUUGAGUGAACACAACCCGGUUGGCUCUAGUGUGUUGGAUUCCUCCUCUCUCUUGGAGGAAAAUAAGGUAGAGUUACCUUCUCAGAAAAGGUUUUUCUCUUGCGACUAUUGUAACCUAUCUUUCUCGGAUUUCCGUGCUUUGGGAGGGCACCAAACUUUGCAUAAGCGUGAGCGUGACCUCGUAAACAAGGAAUUUGAGUUGCAUAGAACUUCUCCAUUAAGGUUAAGAUACACUAAUAAGCCAUUUCCUUUAGGGUUUCAAAUGGGUUCUUAUACCAAUGGGCCUCCAUUUAAUGGGUCAAACAAUCAUAAUGGAUCAAUUUUUUUGUCCUUUUCUAGUCCAAGAUCCCCAAUCAUGCCUCACAACUAUGUGUCCCCACAACCACUAUACUCAAGUAGGUUUAGGAGUACUGGAGUGUAUCAUGCAAACAUUAAUGGUGGUGGUGGUAGUGGCAGUGGUGGAGGCAAUAACAUCAAUAUUGCACCACCAUUUAGGUUCCCGGGAAGUAUUAGGAACCAUGGAGGAGGUGUGUCGAGGUAUCUUUCAGAGCCACUGAAUCCCCAUGGGAAUAGCACUAUGGAUGCAGGCUUUCUCAAUCUUGUUAAUGGAUCUGUGGAAGGUGAUGGUGGAGGUGAACUUGAUUUGGAUCUGAAACUUUGA